AUGAUUAUCUACAGAGACAUCACCACCGAGAACAAGGACGAGAUCAUCUCCGACACUUUCGUCCUCAAGGACGUCGGUGACGGCCUCUGGGAGGCUGAUCUGCGACUGAUCACCAAGGGUGGCGAGAACUUCGUGCUGGCGGGCGCCAACCCAUCGGCAGAAGGCGAGGACGCCGAUGAAGGUGGUGAGGGUGAAACAACAAGGGUCUUGGAUAUUGUCGACCAAUUCAGACUGAAUGCGAUCGAGUCUAAACCCUCCAAGAAGGGUUUCACAUCCGACAUCAAAAAAUAUAUGAAGAAAGUCAACGAAGCCUUGAAAGCCAAGGGUACAUCCGACGAUGUAAUCAAGGCUUUCCAGUCAGGCGCCCAGAAUGCCGUCAAGAAGAUCCUAGCAAACUACGAUAACUAUGAUCUAUAUGUGGGCGAGUCCAUGGAAGAAGGUUCGAUGUACGUCCUCGUCGACUUUCGUGAGGACGGUGUCACCCCAUAUGCCACGGUCUGGAAGUAUGGCCUUGAAGAAUAUAAGGUCUAA